AUGGCUCCUCCUCCACCCGCAACCCUGCCUCUAGCCGAACGACUGAAGGCCCUAGCUCAAACCCUUCAGUUCGCUUGGUUCGUCGGCCAUCUGACGCUUUUGCUGUCUGUCUUCCGCUACUCUUUGUCUUUCAUCUUUUUCAAUUACUAUUCCUCCACGGCACGAAUUUCUUAUCGCCUGGCGUUUAUCUCGGCAGCUGUGACCUAUGGAAUCGUCGUGUACAAAGGCCACUUCGCCCGGGGUGUCCAAGGAAAUUUGCCGACAAUCGUGACGAAGCUCAUCUCUGACGAGAAUGUGCAAUACCUUGGAAUGGCUCUCGUCUGGUUAUACUCGCGCCAGCUUAUCCUGGCCCUUCUGCCCUUCAGCGUGUACUCGGUCUUCCAUGUUGCGACCUACAGCCGCAUGUACCUUAUCCCCACCCUGCAGCCCACAGUUCAGGGUGCCGGUGCAAACUCGCCUGGUUCGCCGAGCUCCAAGCCCGCAACCAAGCAGAACGCUCUCGCUGAGACCAUUGGCCGCUUCAUCAAGCAAUACUAUGACGCCAGCAUGGGUGUUGUCGCUACCCUUGAGAUCCUGCUUCUGUUCCGUCUGAUUCUUUCCGCGAUUGCCUUCUCCAAGGGCAGCUGGGUUCUACUGCUGGUUUACCUUUCUUUCUUCCGUGCUCGCUACGCCCAGAGCUCUUUCGUUCAACAGGCUGUUCGUCAGCUUACCGCGCGUGCCGAUGCCUCCAUCUCUCACCAGAGCACCCCCCCUCAGGUCCGUCAAGGCUGGGAGGCAUUCAAGGGCGUUGUUCGUCAAGCCUACGAGACCACUGACAUCAGUCGCUAUGUUUCUGGCCCUGCUGCUGCCAACAAGAAGCCGCAGUAA